AUCGAACGGCAUUUGUGUGGCCUUGGCUGAACUCAACAUCUCUCUCUCUCUCUUCUUCCCGUCACUAUUAUCUCUUGGCCUUCUUCCCUUCAAUCUUCAAUCUUCAAUCUUCAAUCCUCUUUGCUUAAUUCUCUAUCACCGAUGCGUGAAGAAGAUUCACAGCUCCAACUCCUUCUUCUUCCGAUUCCUCUGCGUUGCAAUUUCUUGUUGUUAAUGAGAUUUCGCCGGUGGCCGCCUCGAUUCUGAGUUAGCUUCGCUUUCUUUCCUCCUCCACGGAAACUGCUUCUUCAAUUUAAUGCUACUUGGAUUCAAUGAGAUUUCUCUCUUCCACUAGAGAUGGCAUCCGCUCCUUCGAUGUCAGGUAUGUUUCUUUAGAAUGCGUGAAUAUAUGUAAAUUCUCGAAAGGCGAUGGAAGUGGUCGGUAUGAUUGCAGUAUUCUCUCGUGUGCAUGGAAGGCUCCGAGGGUCUUGACGGGUUUUCUUGCAAGCACUACUCAUUCUCUUCACUGCUCCUCUUUCUUGCAUUCAAAAAAUGGCAAAAGAAGCAGAAUAAAUUCUAGAUUUGAAUCUAUCAGUGUUAGGGGAUGGUAUUCCAAUGAAGUUACCAACCAUAUACAUCUUGGAAGAUUACUUAAAUCAAGCCUGCUUCAUGAUGUUUGUAGAAGGAAGAAAUUCUGUUGCUCAUCAUUCUUGUCUUCAGAUGCCUUUGACGAGGUUUCUCCUGAAGGUUUGUGGGAGGACCUUAAGCCCACUGUCUCUUAUUUAUCACCUAAGGAACUGGAACUGGUGCAUAAUGCUCUAAAGCUUGCUUUUGAGGCUCAUGAUGGCCAGAAAAGACGUAGUGGAGAGCCCUUCAUUAUUCAUCCAGUUGAGGUUGCCCGAAUUCUAGGGGAACUUGAAUUAGAUUGGGAGACUAUUGCUGCUGGAUUGCUCCAUGACACAGUUGAAGACACAGAUUUUGUUACCUUUGAAAAAAUAGAAGAGGAAUUUGGUGCAACUGUUCGUCACAUUGUUGAAGGAGAGACUAAGGUGUCUAAACUGGGUAAGUUGAAAUGCAAGAAUGAAAACAAUUCAGUACAAGAUGUAAAAGCUGAUGAUCUGCGACAGAUGUUUCUAGCUAUGACGGAAGAGGUCCGUGUGAUCAUUGUCAAAUUAGCAGACCGCUUGCAUAACAUGCGCACUCUUUCACACAUGCCUCCUCAUAAGCAGUCCAGCAUUGCAAGGGAAACAUUGCAGGUCUUUGCUCCUCUUGCCAAGUUGCUGGGUAUGUACCAAAUCAAGUCAGAACUAGAAAACCUUUCUUUCAUGUACACCAAUCCUGAAGAUUAUUCCAAGGUAAAAAGAAGAGUAGCAGAUCUUUCUAAAGAACACGAGAAAGAAUUGAUAGAGGCAAAGAAAAUUUUGACGAAGAAGAUUCAGGAAGAUCAGUUCCUAGACCUUAUGACUCUGAGAACUGAAGUUCGUUCUGUAUGUAAGGAGCCUUACAGCAUCUAUAAAGCUGUUCUCAAGUCUCAAUGUUCAAUCAGUGAAGUUAACCAGAUUGCACAGCUUCGCAUUAUCAUACAACCAAAGGAAUGCGUUGGUGUUGGACCAUUAUGUAGCCCGCAGCAGAUUUGUUACCAUGUUCUUGGGUUGGUACAUGGAAUAUGGACCCCUAUUCCUAGAGCUAUGAAAGAUUAUAUAGCAACACCGAAACCUAAUGGUUAUCAAAGUCUUCACACCACUGUAAUCCCAUUCCUUUAUGAGAGUAUGUUCCGGCUAGAAGUUCAGAUCAGAACUGAGGAGAUGGACCUAAUAGCUGAGAGAGGCAUUGCUGCUCAUUAUUGUGGGGGUGGGCUUGUAACUAGCACAGCUAGAAAUUCUAUGGCCAAUUCUAGAAGUUCAAGAGGGAAAGCUGUCUGUCUCAGUGAUGCAAACAUUGCACUCAGGAUUGGCUGGCUCAAUGCUAUAAGAGAAUGGCAAGAGGAGUUCGUUGGUAACAUGAGCUCAAGAGAAUUUGUGGACACUGUAACCAGAGAUUUAUUAGGCAGUCGGGUUUUUGUCUUUACGCCAAGAGGAGAGAUUAAAAACCUACCUAAAGGUGCCACUGUGAUUGACUAUGCAUACAUGAUACACACAGAAGUUGGUAACAAGAUGGUAGCUGCAAAGGUGAAUGGUAACCUCGUUUCUCCGAUGCAUGUUCUUGCUAAUGCAGAAGUUGUUGAGAUAAUCACAUAUAAUUCACUUUCUGGAAAAUCAGCUUAUCAGCGGCAUAAACAAUGGUUGCAACAUGCAAAAACACGAAGUGCGAGACACAAGAUUAUGAAGUUUUUAAGGGAACAAGCUGCACUGUCAGCUGCUGAGAUAACAGCAGAUACCAUUACUGACUUCAUUGCUGAUUCUGAAGAGGAAAGUGAGACAGAAGAAUGCCCAGUUGUCUCCACUAAAAAAAAGCCUCUCUGGGAGAAAAUUUUAGAUAUGGUGGAUAUUUCAUCCACUCGGAAAAAUAUGAAGGACAACUUUCAGUCGAAAAACAACAAGGUACCUGUUCCCAGAGUGAACGGCAAACAUAACCACUAUGUAAAUGUAAAGUUGAAAGCAGAGGGAGAUAUAUUAUCGAUGGGUAAUGGGGUUGCCAGGAUUAUACAACCAUUAUACAAGGAAGUCUUGCCUGGUUUGGAUAGUUGGCAAAUCAGUAAGGUUACCUCUUGGCACAGUCUUGAAGGGCACUCUAUUCAAUGGCUUUGUGUCGUUUGCAUAGAUCGUAGAGGCAUAAUGGGCGAGGUUACAACAGAAUUGGCAGCAGCAGGCAUCACUAUUUGUUCCUGCGUGGCUGAGAUGGAUAGAGGAAGAGGAUUAGCUGUCAUGUUGUUUCAUGUUGAAGGGGACCUGGAAAGUGUGGUUAAUGCGUGUGCAAGGGUCGACACAAUCUUGGGUGUCUUGGGAUGGUCGACAGGAUGCAGCUGGCCGAACACAGUGGAAAACCAAAAAUUUCUUGAGUGCUGAUCGAUGAGAGCUUCUUCAAGGGAGGAGCCAGGGAAUUCCAUAAAGACCUGUGAGGUAACUACUUCACCCUAGAAAUGGAGGGUUGAGUUUUAAAAGUUUUGUUCCUGAGGAAACGAAAAUUCCAUAACAUUUUUUUAUGGUAGAUUUUUGGUAGUUAGUCCCCAUUAUGUUUGUGGAAAAACCAAAUAAAGUUGGUAGUAAAUUGAGUUUUAGUAUGUGGAUUCAGGGCAGUGUGUAUACAAACAGGAGUGAAUAGGUAAAGGCAUUAUACUCUGUAAAGAUACUAUUGAGGUUAGAGUAACAAUUUUACCCACAAUUCUUCAGGUCUCUUACUAAAGCGUUUAUAUACAUUUUUAAAUGAAGCUUGUUUCUAUUUCUAA